AUGGUGGAUUGGCCGAGGUCUAAGAUGGACCAGUUCAGCAAGGAGUUUCAAGCUUUUGCGGGGAGAUUCUCCGCCGUCGCAACCGACAGACUCGAUCGGGUCGACGGGGGCACAUACUUCUCUCGGCUGUAUCAGGUGAGGGAACAGGUGAGGGAACAGACGAACAAUACUACCGACGAGGAGCAGCGUCAGAUUGGCACUCUCCUGGAGGAGCUACAGCUGGCGAUGGAAUCGCCGUUGUUGUUGGCGCCGCCCCAGGGAACAGUCCUCCACACAGGCAUGGCCGAGGGAGAAACCGGUCUGGCCCUGGCCCGUCUCUGCGUCGCGCUCGAAAAGUGCCUCUUUUUUGGCGCGGAGGGGCCGAUGCCUGAUUUCUGGCGGGUGCUUGGCGGCGGCGCAAGUGAAGGUGGUGAUGCUCGUUCUCCGGCCGCCGUUUCUUCUGGCGGUGACCUCGACGGUUUCAACGGCCAAGGAAACAAGGCUGACGUCGGCUCUGGCUCCGAGGAGGGCGGGGACACCGGGGCUCGGGGACUCUUCGGCGUGGACGGGGCGUCCGCGGAGAGCGAGCUGCGGAGAGCGGUGGCAACAGCUGUACAGCUAACAAGAAUUGCGACGGACGGCGCUGCGGUUGGCACGGGCAACGAGGGCCAGGGGGACAGAGCGUUGAACGAUGCAAUGGCAUGUAUACCUCCUUCCGAGGAACAGCUGGUCGACCAUAGCAACGCCAGCCAUAAUACGGACCCCGACAAAGGUGGAGGAGGCGGAGGUGACGGCCCGACGAGUGGCAACACCAAAAGCGCAACAACUGUGCCCUUGGUAGCAGGAGAACGAAUCGCCGUGUCCACUUUCGAGCGCGUCCACGACGCGCCGUCUUUUGCGGGUCCGGGGUCGGCGUCGACCCCACCGUCUCAGUUACCGCUGUGGCUACGUCCCGGUCGACAGGGCGCGUCGGUCGUUGACGAAUUGUGUAGGAUCGUGGUGGAGCUGAGCGGGCGGCUGAAGGAGAGAGGGCUGACUGUCCGACCGUCUCUGGACCACGCCUGGCUCGACCAGGAGAACGUCGCCGCGGCCACCACGUACACGUGGCCGCAGUUUCGCAGGACGAAGCUGCGUUGCUACGUGCGGGGAGCGGGACUCUCGGCGGCCAACGGCGAGUAUUUGCCGGCCGAACGGCCGGACGACGGUGAGGGCGCGAACGUGUAUGGCGGCGACAGCAGUGGCGGUAGUUGUCCGGGGCUGUCGCUGAUUGGGCCCAACGGGUGCAGCAUCUGCUGCCUACCCCACCCUGCUGCUGCCGCUGCUGCGGAGGAGAAGACGGUGAUCCCCGGCGGCGAUAGUGCUGCUGUUGGAGCGGGGGAGCCUGGUCCUACGCGUCGCGAUCGCGGGGCCGCCAACGAGGAGGACGUACGUGCGACACCGCAGGCGGGCCCCCCCACCAUUCCUGCAGAGUCCCCGACCACCACAACACCGGCGCCGGUCGCCCAAGUCUGGCACCUUCUAGUACCCUCCGCCUCUUCGCCCGAACUCGUAUCAAAGAGAAGCGCGUACUACUGUCUGGGCGAUGGACCGUUGCCCCCUUCCCGCGGGUGGAGGUCCGCCGACGCGACCGAAGCGCCCGCCCCCGUCUUGGGGUUUGCGACGCAGGAAGAAGACGACGGAGACGUGGCCGGGGCUGGGAGCAUGCGUAUCGGAAGGGAAAGCCAAACGCAGGUCAAAGGGGAAGAGGAGGCAGCAGACGCCGCCGCCGCGUUGUUCCGUGCGGCUGUGCUACCGCCCAUCGAUGAUGAGCGUAGCGUUGGGGUCGGCGAGGUGGCGGCUGGUGGUGGUUCGACAUCGAGAGGGGUGGGGUUGAGCACGGUAGCGGCCGGGGCAUCCGUCGAAGCUGAAGGCUUGCUUGGCGGCGAGUCAUCAGUCGCCGACACGGCAGCUGCAGGGAGCGGUAGGUUGAAGCGGCGUCGGAAGCGACAGAGGCCCCUGGAGCUCGUGGGAAACGCAGUACUGCGCACCGCUGAACAGGAUUUCAGUGUCUUGGGGGAAGUUGCCGGCUGGGAUCGUGGGGGUGAUCGUGAUGAUGGAGGUGUUAGUCUUCGUGGUCGUGGUGAUUGUGAUGCUAGCGGCGGGCAGGCGCCUGGGGACGGUGUUGCCGGUGCACCGGCUGACUGCGGCGGGGACGAUGAGGCGGUAGCCGCCUUCAAGGGGGAGAGGUGGAGACUGCCGUCGCCGAGUGGGGAACUACGUUCGCGAGUGGAGAAAGCGAGAGAGCUCUUGCUGCGGACAAUGGAGGAACAAAGAUCGAUGCUGGCGAUUCGACGAAGUCAGCUACAGGACCAGGUUACCGUUGCGCAACGGGAGCUCCACGAGGUGAUGCAGGAGUCGACAGAGAUCACGGCGGAGCGGUUGCUCUCGGCGAGACCUGGCCUCCGGGCACAAGCGGAGGCAGAAGUCGCCAUGGCGAGAGCGACAGCCGCCGGCGCCGGCGCCGGCGCCGGCGCUGCCGCUGAGGGGAGCGGCGGCAGCAGCAACCCGAUGGUCCCCUCGCUCGAGGAGCUGGUCGCCGAAAAGGCGGAGGAACUGCGGAUCAGGGCGCAAAACCGAGGCCACGUGGAUGCUUCAGAACGCCUUUCCUUCUCCUCCUCUUCCUCCUCCUCCUCUUCCUCCGGCCACUGGCUGGAAAACGACGACCAAGACCAACAGCCUACGGCGCGAGAUCUGGGCGCGGUUCUACCAGCGGCGGUGACGGCGGACGCGGGGUGGCCGUGGCCGGUGGCGUGGCUGGCGGCUCCGACCGCGCCGCCGCCGCCGCCGCCUAGAGACCCCGAGGACUGGGAGCUGGGUUUGGAAGAGGGCGCGUUCGGCUUUGGUGUCGGCGUCGGCGCCGGGUUUGCCGGCAGCAGCGGCCACGGCGACGACUUUGCUGAGGGGGCGGAGGAUGGAGCCGACCCUCCCGUCCCUUACUCGAUCGAGGUGGCUGCGGUGGAAGUGGUCGACGCGGAACACUUGGACGAGGCGCAUGUUGAGUACGUGCUGCGGCUCGUGUUCCACGAGGUCCAAGAGCAGCAGGGCAAGGAUGCCGUGUCCGAGACACCGGGGUUGCUGGACCGAGGCAACGACAGCAGACGCGGUCGCCGCACGAAGACCACCGCAGUCCAUUCGGACGACGACCGCGGGGCCGCUGAGCUGGUGGCGCUAGCCACCGCGGCGAAGGGCUUGCUCCAGCGCACCCGGGUGCUGAGCAAGAGGCUGAACAGCCUCUGCGCCCUCCACCCCCAGCUGAUGUGGGAGCUGGAAGAAGCCCGGCGGCUGAGGUCGAAGGGGGAAGCGGAGGUCGAGAUCGCGGCGGAAUCCCUCGACUUUCCCGACCCGUUCGAGCUGGGGACUCUCGAGGAAAAAAUCUUGCGAGUACAUUGCGACAAGCUCACUCCCAAUUUCAAGGCCAACUCCCCCACGCGAAAGCUUGCGGCGCGGGUAGGGUCCUACCUGUCAGGCCUGCUUCGCUUCUUGGGCGUGCUCGAGGCGGUAGGGGAGGCGGACGUCCGGUCGCGCAUGUCGCGGGUGCUCCACGACGCGCUCUCCACCUGCGAUCGGGUCGGCCGGAAGAGGCGGCGGGGCGACUUCGCCCUCGGCGUGAGGAUCCGGGACAUCGCCGGAGGAAAGCUGGGGUCCGGGGUUGGCGACGAGGAACGGCUCAGGGUUCAGAAGAGGAGGUGCAUGAGCUGCGGGCGCGCGAUUGCGGCGGAGUUCCUGGGGAUCAAGAAGGAUUACUUCCCUUGUCGGUACGCAGAUGGCCUCUUCUGCCGCAGCUACUGCCACGCCGAAGAUCGUCGGGUCAUCCCCCACCGGGUGGUGCACCACUGGGAUUUCGUCAUGCACCGCGUCUGCAAGGACGCCCGGGUGUUCCUGGACUCUACGCGGUUCCACCCCGUGUUCGACUUGCCGGCCUUGUCCCCCACGUUGUUCACGCAGCAGCAGUCCCUGCGAAUGGUGCGAUCGCGCAGGAAGCAGCUUCAUCUCCUGCGCCGUACAAUAUUCUUUCCGGUGGAGAGCAAGUGCGUCCUCGGUGCUCAAUUGUUUGACAAGCUUCUUGAGGGCAGGGUUCACCUCGCCGUGAACCCUGGCCUGUAUUCCUUAAAGGAUCUCAUGAGCGUCAAAAACGGCGACCUCCUGCACUUCCUCGAAGAGACCAAUGAGGUUCUGGCCGCUCACGUCUUAGGCGGGUGCCAUGUGUGCGAAGGCCGAGCAGCUCGUGUCUGCGAGGUCUGUUACAUUGGCGAACCGGUCUUCCCGUUCCAGAUCGGGACGGUGGCGCGCUGCCCCAGCUGCGAGACCCUGUUUCACGCCAGAUGCGUCGCGGGGAACCCAGCGCAACGGCAGACACAGCAGCAGCAGCAGAGCAAGUCUCCAUCAGCAGCAGGAGGAGCAAGCAGCUCGUCCAAGCGGUAUACCACCGCGCAGCCCGGCGGCGGCAGUCGGAAGUGGAGGUGGCCGGACCACCAAUCGCAGGCUGGCGGGAGCAACAAGAAGGAGCCGGUCGACCAGGACGCGGAGACCGACGACCACGAGUUCGUGUGUCCGAAGUGCAAAUCGGUUGGCGUCUGGGAGGAGGUGAUCGGACAAUGAUCGUGAUUCGCUCGAUCGAGUGGUCCUCCCAAUCUGGUCCCCCAACUGCAGUUUGUGUGCUAUGAUAUGUUGGGCGGCCGGUGUGAAAAGGAAUAAAUCUGCUGCAACAGAAGUGUGCAGAAGAGGCUGCACAUCUACUCAGUGUAGGGACUAUAUGCGUUCUGAAAGCACUAAAUGGGGUUGUCCGUCAAUUGCUGACGAUGCACGUGGACGAGUCCCGCGGAACUCAAGAACUCCCCACCCCCCGGAAGUCAGCCAUACAAGAGACGACUGCGCUGGGCCUACGAGGUGGCUCGUGGCUCCCUGGGCAAGCUAUUAGUUAGCGUGGGCUUGUUGGCGCGUUUAGCAUGCUCAUCUCGGAUGGCGCAACCUGAUUUUUUCUAUGUACAAAAUUUACAGCAUCAGCGCGUCCGUAACCUGCCUGGAGUCGGGAGCUCAGCACUCCCCGAGAGCACCACAGCCGAAACCAAAGCAGAGGGUCUCGCCCACACACGUUCCUAGAGCCUGCCUGAACCUGGUCAGCACUAGACCACUGCUGUCCGUGCAUGUACACAGGCAGGGGCGAAGAAGGCUCCCCGCAGCUAUUUCGAGGUGGGUUAAUUCGAGGCGGGCCAACCCCUACCCGUACAUCACGUCGGUUCGGAGGAGGUACUUCACUCCGGAGGUGACCGCGGCGCCUUCGUGCAGGAGGCAUUGCUGCCCGUGGCCGUGAACGAGGCAUGCCCCCUGUCUCGGCGAAAAACUCGCCGCAACCUUGUCUCCGUAGUUGCCCUUGAAGGGUAACAAACAGGACGAGAGCGAACCGAAAGUUAACGCGCGGAGGACGGCGGAGAGAGGGGAAGGGUUGAGCGGCAGCAACACACACGUUGGAAAUAAGGAACAGGGCACUUG